ACACACAACACCACCACCACCACCAACUACUGUCAACACAAUGUCGCACCACGCGCGCAUCGAAGAAGUCUCGGACAGCGAGCCCGACGACAUGGACCCCUCGGACUUCGACCCGCAAGCCUUCGCGCAAAGCAUGAUGGGGCCGGGGGCGCAGAUGCCGGCGCAGCACGAAGCGGCCUCGGCGGCAGCGCGCAACGAGGCCGAGCAGCGCGAGCGCAGCAAGCACUGGCAGGUGCUGUACCCGGUGUACUUUGACGCGACGCGGACGCGGGCCGAGGGCCGGCGCGUAGGCAAAGAGCAAGCGGUGCCGAACCCGCUGGCGCGCGAGAUAGUCGACGGCGUCGCCGCGCUGGGCCUGAGCGUCGUGUUUGAGCCCGGCAAGACGCACCCGAAGGACUGGGCGAACCCGGGCCGCGUGCGCGUGCUGCUGAAGGAGGAGGGCAAGGCUGUGAGCUCCUCGGUUAAGAACAAACACCACCUCUACAACCUCGUCGCCGCGCACCUGAAGUCGCACCCCGCAACCGAGGAGACGCCGCUGCGCCUGCGCAUCGCCGGCCUCCCGCCGCCAAAGGAAAUGAAGCCGCCUGCGGCCCCGCGCGGCUGGAAAAUGAACUCCAUCUUGCCGCUGCACUCGGCCGCGCUGUCCGGCGGCGGCGUCUCCGAGAACAUGUUCAAGGACAUGAUGGCGGAGCUGCAGGGCGAGCAGGGAGGCGCGGGCGCGGGCCCCAGUGGCAGCGGCGCCGCCAACGAGCCUAAGCAGAAGAAGAAGGACAAGAAGAAGGGAAAGGCUUGAGUGAGCGAUGCUAGUAGCUCUGCUGCUAGGAGUGCUGCUAGGAGCGCCACUGCUAAAAGUGCCGCUACUACGAACAGCUAUCAAUGCACAGACAGCCACGAUUACGGUUAACUACGGAUGGGUGGAUGGACAGGUAGAUAGAUCUAGCAGCGCAUGCCGAACUCUCAAAAAGGCGACUUUCUCCUCCUUGGGUCGACGUCGCGAGACGUGGAUGUCGGGAACGCAUCGCCGCCUGCGCGGCUCUCCGGCCGUGCAGCUGAUCCCGCGGAGGAGGACGCUGUCAUGCUCGCACAAGGUAUGGCUUGGCCUGGCUUGGGUGGGCGCGAGUAGUUGCAGCUUUAGACAGUAUCUGAUUAGAGACGUC